AGCGUACCUCUACCACCAUCAAAAACUUUGUACAAAAUGACAACAUGCUUGGCUACUCUCUCUACCAUAGGAGGGAAUUCUUGAUAGUUCCGUCAUCGAGGGUCUUCGUCGAAGCGAGGCGUUGGAGCUAGCUGUUCAAGGUAUCAUUUGCCUUGGCCCUUGGGACGAUGCUGCAGCAUGGGCAUCACCCGGCGAUGUUGAGGGAUGGCAUCUCUUCACCCCGCGGAGCCACAAUCCAGACAUUGUCAGCGGUAGAAAAGAAAGGGACCUGGGUAGUGUUUAGGGAUGCUCUCCUAAGUGGGGCAGGUCAUUUGAAGGGCCGAAAGAAAUAACGCGAUAAAUAGC